GGAGUGAUGUAAGGUGGGGUAACUGACUAUUUGUUAUUAUUUUUUUAUUUAUUUAUUUUUUUUACUUGGUUAAAUUUUGAGUUUAUUUAUUAUUUAUUUUAAGGGUGCAAAUAUUUGUGGAUAAGGUUUUCAAGGUUUCUCUCUGAGUGACUGCUCAAUGUCGAAUAAAUGACCUCGACGCCGGGUAACAGCUGACUGCAUCAAUUUAUUUAAGAAAUUAAUUAAAUUCAUAUUUUAUUUUUUAAAAAUAUUUAGAGUUUAUUGAUUUUUUUUUUUUUAAUUUAUUUUUAUCUAUUUGUGAUUAAUUUUGAAUAAAUUGGUAAGUGAAAUUUUUUAAAUUUUAUAUUAAUUAUUAUUUAAAUCUUUUUAAUUUCUAUCAUAAAAAAAUAAUACAAUAAUAAAUAAUAUUGUUGGUUUUUUUUUAUUUUAAAUAAUAAUAACACUAAUGGAAUGAAAAUUUGACGAAUAAUUUAAAUAACAUUAUCAAAUUGAAAUAAAUUUCAUAACAAAAAAAUAUUGCAUAAGUAAAAAAGAAAAAAAAAUGUUAUAUUCAAUUUACUUAUUGAUAUUAUUAUUUAAAUAACAUUUAUAAAAUGCAAAAAUAUUUAAAAUAUUUUUUUUUUUUUAUUUUUCUAGGUGCUAAAUUCAUACUGAAUUUUAAAUGAAGUUUUAACAGUAAAAAUUAUAUUUUCUUAGUGACUGAUUGUUAGCCUGAUGUCGUGAUACUAAACUUGUUGAUAAAAUUAAUUUAAAAAAAAAUAAUCUCGUAUAAUAAAAAAUUUAAAAAUGAAAAGAAUAAUAAAAUCUUGAAAUAAAUAUACAAAAAGAGGCGAAAAAAAAUCAACAGAUGAUGGAAGACACAUCUCCACGAAUGAGGCCUUACCUCGAAUCUUGGGAUAAUGAAGAUAAAUAUUCAGUUGCAAAUAGUCAAGCACCAUUGCAAGACGGUGAAGAUGAUCAUCCAGAACGUGGUACUUGGACUGGAAAAUUUGAUUUUUUAUUAUCACUGCUUGGUUACAGUGUAGGACUUGGAAAUGUUUGGCGUUUUCCAUAUUUGUGUUAUUCAAAUGGUGGUGGUGCCUUUCUCAUACCAUUUACAAUAAUGCUCAUAAUUGCUGGAUUACCAUUGAUGUUUAUGGAACUUUCAUUGGGUCAAUAUGCAAGUCUAGGACCAGUUGCAGCGUAUCAAAAAUUUUCACCACUUUUACGAGGUCUUGGCUAUGGAAUGGUUCUUGUUAGUUCAGUUGUAAUGCUUUACUACAAUUUAAUUAUUGCCUGGACAAUUCACUAUAUGUUUGCCUCAAUCUUCAGUGGAAGCUCACUGCCAUGGAGUAAUUGUGAACCUGAAUGGAGUGGUGAAGAUUGCAUUGAACCAAUUGCUGCUGAAGAAUGUGCUGAAAGAAAUAAUUCAUAUUUUAAACGACAAUGUUUAAAUUCAACUCAAAUGACAGCUAUGGGUUUAACUAUGGAAAAUAUAACAUCAGCAAUAAGACGUCCACCAGCUGAAGAAUAUUUUGAACAUCAUGUACUUGGAAUGAGUCAUGGAAUUGAAUAUACUGGAUCAAUUAAACCAACAAUGGCUGCUUGUUUAUUUUUAGCAUGGGUCAUUGUAUUUCUUUGUCUGAGUAAAGGUGUACAAAGUUCUGGAAAAGUUGUAUAUUUUACAGCUUUAUUUCCAUAUGUUGUUUUGAUUGCACUAUUUAUACGUGGUAUAUUAUUACCUGGUGCUGAUGAAGGUAUAUUAUUUUAUUUAACACCAGAUUGGCGACGUUUAACAACAGCAAAAGUAUGGGGUGAUGCUGCUGUACAAAUAUUUUUUGCUCUAAGUCCAGCAUGGGGUGGUUUAAUAACACUAAGUUCAUAUAAUAAAUUUGAUAAUAAUUGUUAUAAAGAUUCAUUGAUUGUUGCUGUAAGUAAUAUUGGUACAUCAUUUUUUGCUGGACUUGUUAUAUUUUCGGUUAUUGGAUUUCUUGCACAUGAACUUGGUGUACCAGUUGCAUCAGUUGUUGAUCAAGGUGCUGGAUUAGCAUUUAUUGUUUAUCCAGAAGUUGUUGCAAGACUUCCAAUUGCUCCAGUAUGGUCAUUAUUAUUUUUUGUCAUGUUAUUGACACUUGGACUUGAUUCACAAUUUGCAUUAAUGGAAACAGUUACAACAGCAAUACUUGAUGGUAUUCCAUCAUUGAGAAAUUUUAAAACUUGGGUUGUUCUUGGUGUAUCAAUAUUUGGAUAUGCUGGUGGACUUGUAUUUACAACAAAUGCAGGAAUGUAUUGGCUUCAACUUAUGGAUAAAUAUGCAGCAAAUUGGUCUGUUUUAUUGAUAGCAAUUGCUGAGUGUAUACUUGUUGCUUGGGUUUAUGGAGCUGAUAGAUUUUUAGAUGACAUACAAAUGAUGAUUGGUAAACGUGGUAAAUGUUGGAGAUUUUUUUGGAAAUGGAUGUGGAAAAUAAUAACACCAGCAACAUUAUUUUUUAUACUAUUUUUUAAUUGGGUUGAAUAUGAGCCAUUGUCAUAUGGUACAUAUAUUUAUCCAAGAUGGGCUGAUGCUGUUGGCUGGAUUGUUGGUCUAUUUCCAGUUUGUGUUAUUUUAAUAAUGGCUGCGUGGCAAAUUAAAAGUACAAAAAGACGUUCAUCAUAUGAUGAAGAUGAUGAUGAUGAUUAUGAUGAAGAAACAGAUCCAAGAUUAUCACGUAGUUCUGAACGUGUUAAAAAAAAAAGAAAAAAAGAAUCAAUUUGGAUCAGAGCAAGGAUACUUUUACAAGCAACACCUGAAUGGCGACCAGCUUCUAAAAAUUUUUCAUCAUCAAGAAAUUUAACAAAUACAUCAUUACCAGGACAAGCUUAUGAUUCAGUACGUGAUACAAUUGUUCUUGUUAAUGGACAACCACUUGUACAACAACCACCACCAACAACAACAACAGUAUCAUCAUCAUCAAGUCAAAAACUUCCUGGUCCUUCAAUACUUAAAAAUUCAAGUAAAGCUGAUUUAAUAACAUCACAACAAGUUUGACGUGACGUUCACUUUUUAUCUGAUGACGAUAAUGACGAUGAUGAUGAUGAUGAUGAUGAAAAUUAAUUUUUAUUAUUUAUAUUUUAUUCUCAGAUAAUUAAUUUUAGAGUCUUGAGAAUUUAUUUAAAAUAUUAUUUUUAUUUUAAUAAUUUUUUAUUGUUUUUUAGGUCUUAAAUAAUAAAUAAUCAUACAAUUUGAUAUAGGAAAAUAAUAUAUUCAUUUUUUGAGGAUAAAAAAAAUUUGCCAUAAGCACAUUGUCCAGGUGUUUUGCUCAUUAGAAUCGUAAAAAUAAGAUAUAUAUAUUUCAUCUUUCAAAAAGCAUAUAAUUUAUUUUAUUUAUUGUUGUAUUUUUUUUAUAGAAAUAUAUUUAUUUUUCAUCAAUGUCAAGUUAAUUUUUUUUUUUUUUUCUAUUUAACACAUCACAAGUGUACGUAAAGUCAAUAAUGUGAAAGGAUUAACAUAUUCAAGCGAUAUAUAUGUAUUAUAAAUGUAUUUAUUGAAAUCAAAUAUUUUUUUUUUUAUUAGGAAUGAUGAAUAAUCUUUACCAGCUCGUUUUACAAAAAAAAUAAUUAAAAUUGAAUAAUGUUAGAUGAAUUAUAAUUGAUGUAUAAUCGUUGACAAAAAAAUUAACAGAGACUUGCGCUGAAUUGUAUAGUUUAUUCUACAUAAAGAAAACAAAAAAAAUUAAUUGAUAUAAGCAAAAAAAUAUAAAUAAAUAAACUAUUUAAAAUAGCCGAUAUGAAUGAACGUAAAUGUUCAAGUUGUCAUAUCUGCGAUUGCGUGAUUAAAUGAUUAAAUUAACAAAAAAAAAAAAUUCAUAAAUUGAUAGUAUUUUAAUUACAAAAGUGAGAUUAAUUAAUUUACUUGAAAAAAAAAAAAAAAAAAGAAAUUUAUUUACUCUAAAAAAACGUUAUUUACUAGUAUAGAAAAAAAAUAUAUUUUUUUUCAUCGUUUUUAUUAUAGCUGUUGUUAUUGUUUCAAAAUAAUUGUUUAUAAUUUUUUAUUUUAUUUUUUUUUUUAUAGUUGCAUUAAAUCCAUUGAAAAAGAAAAAAAAAACCCCAGUAAUUUAUAAAUAAACGUUAAUAUAAAAUCAGGUCAAUAAGCAUUGUUUAAAAAAAAAAUUGAAAAUAAAAAUUUAAGUGACUAUAGUGCCAUAUGUGAUUAAAGUUAAUAGUUCUAGAUGGUAAAUGUUGAAAAAAUGAGUAAAUAAUAAGACACUAGAAUUCAUUAAACAAAAAAAUUAGAAAAAAAAAAAAA